AUGCCCACUCUGUACAGUGGAUGCCUUGUAGUGCAUCGAAGGAGUCCAUUGCUGCCGGGUACUGUGGGUAGGGAUAAGAUUUGUAGCAAACAGGUAGUAGCUUCCCGGUUCGAAAGUGCAUUACAUUGCCAUAUAGAUAAAAUGUUUCCUACGAAUUACUUCGAAUACUUUAUGGGACAUGGGGCAGACACGUCUGCAAACGAAGAUGCUAAUUCGACUUUGCCGGUUGAUUCAAUAUCGGCGGAUGAGUUUGCCGUACCAUCGGGAUCUUCAGCAAGUGUGAUUGAUUCAACAUCACCGAUACAGUCGACGGUGUCAGUGUCGCCGGUCCCAUCCACCUCACAUGGCAUCGAAGAAAAUGACGAUGAUUAUCGCUUUGAAGCAAGCAGACGUUGGAGUUUUCGAAGUUGGCCUAAAUCUUCCGUUGACCCUGUCAGUCUUGCAGCUGCAGGAUUCUAUUAUACGGGUGAAAUAGAUAGAGUGAGAUGCUUUGAAUGUCAAUUGACGGCACAUGGCUGGACAGACGAGCAUAUUCCAAUGCAGGUUCAUGAGAUAUGUUCUCCAGAGUGCAGAUUUAUCCGCAACGAACAAUGUGAUAAUGUACCAGUUGGAGUAGAUCCUGAUGAAGUUCUACUGACAAAACGAAGAAAUAGAAAUAUAACUUGUCGUUAUGGUUUACAAUAUCUUGAGUCAUUUGAUUUUAAUAAGCAUCAAUUUUUGCGACAAUUAAGGUACCCAACGCCAUACGAACUUAGCCGUUUGGGACUACAAGAUGUUAAGAAUCCAGAAAAUUUGGAUUAUGCUACUUACGAAUCCAGACUAAAUUCGUUCGAAUCAUGGCCUACAUAUAUGAAACAGACAAGAGAAGAUUUAGCCGAUGCAGGAUUCUACUACGCCGGAGUAGAUGAUUUCACUACCUGUUACCAUUGUGGGAUUGAUAUAGGAAAUUGGAGAGUAGAAGAAGUUCCAUGGGAAGAGCAUGCAAUUUUGUCUCCCAGCUGUUGUUAUUUAUUAGCAGUACGGGGCUGGGAAUAUGUUAAUAAAGUAAUAGGCCAUAAGAUAUAUGAAACUCCUGCAGAAGUAAGUACAAAAACUUAAAUCCUGAACAAUAUAUAUAAUUAAC